AUGGCCUACCAGGACGAUCAGCGACCUCAACGACUAUCCUCCAUUGAUGAGCCCACUGCACAUUCGUCAGAACCAUGUCUUGGCUUUGGCAGCGAUGCCAUCGCAGAACAGCUUUCUCGUCUGAAUCUUGAUUACAUUGCACUUGUCCCUGGGUCAUCUUAUCGUGGCCUACACGACAGCUUGGUCAACCUCAAGGGCAAUGUCAGUCCGGAAAUGCUGGUAUGCCUGCACGAAGAACAUGCCGUGUCAAUAGCCCACGGAUAUGCCAAACUCAUCGGCAGACCAAUGGCGGCAGCAGUACAUGCUAAUGUGGGCUUGAUGCACGCAACAAUGGCCAUCUACAAUGCUUGGUGCGAUAGAGUGCCGAUCGUUGUCCUCGGGGCCACUGGUCCUCUGGAUGCUUCAAGAAGGCGUCCAUGGAUUGACUGGAUACAUACUGCACAAGACCAAGGGGCUCUGAUCCGACCGUAUGUCAAGUUCGAUGAUCAGCCGCACAGCGCAAACGCUGCUAUCAGGAGCCUUGUACAUGCGACUGUCGCAGCAUGUAGCAAGCCAUGCGCGCCGACCUAUGUUUGCCUCGAUCUUGGUCUUCAGGAAGGUGCCGUCGAUCCGGCGACGCUACACUUCCCAGAUACGAAACGAUAUGUGGACGCGAUCUCUUCUCCAGGACCGUCGGUCGAUGAUGCCCUGAGAGUCAUUGCAGCGCUGGGCGAAUCAAAGAAACCUCUUUUCCUGCUUGGCCGUAUGUCCCCAUCCUCAAAGAAUUGGCAGGAGCGUGUCGAACUAGCCGAGAAAUUUGAUGCCAGAGUCGUGACAGACAUAAAGCAAAUGGCUCCAUUCCCGUUCCCACAUCAGCUCCAGCCUGCCGCACCGGCCGUCUUCCUCACACCAGAGACAUCAGCCUUGGUCCGGGAAGCGGACCUCAUUCUGUCCUUCGACUGGGUGGACCUUGCGGGCAAUCUCAAAGCGGCAGGAACAGCUGAGCCGCAGGCCAGAGUCGUUCAUGUAAGCUUGGAUUCUGCACUCCAUAAUGGAUGGUCGAAGGAUCAUUUCGCAGUUUCCCCGGCCGACAUUGCGAUUCAUGCCGAUGUUGACAGGACGCUGUCGGCUGUUCUGGCCGCGUCAGCAACGAUCGAGACACAGCGCUCGGCAUGGUCAGAAGACCAAUCAGGUCGUAUGCAAUCCGCAGCAGCGGCAGAUACCAGUACGGAAGACAUUCUCAUGCCAGAUCUCGCUGCCUCAAUAUACUCCACGAUAUCCGCAGACGACACGUGCCUUGUCCGUGUACCUCUAGGUUGGUCAGGCGCUGACCUUCGCACUGCACAUGCUCUCUCGUUUAUGGGCAUGGAUGGUGGCGCAGGAAUAGGCUCCGGUCCAGGCCAAGUGGUUGGUACAGCUCUCGCAAUCCGCCAAGCAAAGUCUUCCCUCAUAGCCGUAGCGGUCCUCGGAGAUGGCGACUUCCUCAUGGGUUCCUCCGCACUUUGGACCGCCGCACGUUACCGACUCCCACUACUCGUCAUCGUGGCGAACAAUGGUAGCUACUUCAACGAUGAGGUACAUCAAGAGCGGGUUGCAAACCACCGUGGCAGAAACGUCGAGAACAAAGGCAUUGGGAUGAAGCUGGAUAAUCCGCAGCCGGACUUGCAUAAAAUUGCUGAGGGCUUGGGAUGUACUGUCGUGAGAGAUUCCAGAGUGGUGGAGAAGAGUAAGCUAGGCACGGCGAUUGCGGAUGCGGUGGGAAAGGUGAGAGAGGGAAAGUGUGUGGUGCUUGAUGUGAGGGUGCUGCCACAAGGGUACGGCAGUGCUAUGAGUGAGAAGACGAAGUAG